AGCACACAGCUCCUCCCCACGUGUCUGUCUGUAGGAAGCCCUGGAAUCAGCAACAUGGAAGUAGAGCGCAGAUUCUGACAAAUUCACCCCGCUCAGCUCUACUCCCAGACCGGGGAAGCUUCUUCCGGUCCGGUUCUCCUAGUGAAUCUCAGCCUUUGCAUGGUUUGCUGUGACCAGCUCAUCAGUUCUGUAUUUCCUGGUUCGGAGUUCAUAAGCCUGAGGCAAAGUUUCCUCCUCGUCCUUUAACAAUGGCCAGCGGAGAGGAGGAUGACCCGAUUAUACAAGAGAUUGACGUUUAUCUUGCCAAAAGCCUCGCAGACAAGCUGUAUUUAUUCCAGUAUCCUGUGCGCCCUGCCACUAUGAACUAUGAUGAUACAACUCAUUUAUCUGCCAAAAUUAAACCUAAGCAGCAAAAGGUUGAACUUGAGGUGGCCAUUGAAACCAUGAGUCCCAACUAUUGCCGCAGCAAAGGAGAGCAGAUCGCUCUCAAUGUGGAUGGAACAUCAAUUGAAGAGUCCAGCACUUAUUCCACGAAAAUGAUGGAUAAGCAAACAUUCUCAUCCAUUCAGGCAACUACCAAUACAACUCGCUAUGCUGCUGCAGUGUUUCGUAAAGGGGAACUUCACCUCACACCAUUACAGGGCAUUCUUCAGAUGAGGCCCAGCUUUUCAUAUCUCGAUAAAGCUGACAGUAAAUACAGAGAGAGGGAAGCAGCUAAUGAAGCUGGGGACUCUUCUCAAGAUGAGGCGGAAGAUGACAUCAAGCAGAUCACUGUGAGGUUUGCCAGACCAGAAUCUGAGCAGGCUCGUCAGCGGCGUAUCCAGUCCUACGAGUUUCUACAAAAGAAACAAGCUGAAGAACCUUGGGUCCAUUUACACUACCACGGCUUAAAGGAUGGGCGAUCUGAACACGAGCGCCAAUAUCUUUACUGCCAGGCCAUGGAUACCACAGAGAACACGGAGCUGGUAAAAUCCCCAAAUGAGUACCUUGCUAUGCUUAUGCCGCCCCUAGCAGAAGAAAAGAUAGUGAAGCCAGUGGGCCCCAGCAAUGUGUUGUCAAUGGCCCAACUACGCACCCUGCCCCUUGGGGAUCAAGUCAAGACUUUGAUGAAGAAUGUUAAAGUCAUGCCGUUUGCCAACCUAAUGGGGCUGCUUGCAUCAGGCACCGACUCCACUGCAGUGCUGCGCUGUAUACAGCAGGUGGCGCUGCUGGUCCAGGGGAACUGGGUUGUCAAGAGUGAUGUUCUGUAUCCCAAGUCUACCUGCAGUCCACACAGUGGAGUUCCUGCUGAAGUGCUCUGUAGGGGUCGGGACUUUGUGAUGUGGAGAUUCACACAUGAACGCUCUCUUAUGAGAAAAGAAGUUGCUGCUGUUAUAAAGCUGCCCCCUGAGGAUGUGAAGGAAUUCCUGGAACAGAUGGCCAUUCCCAGAGCGAACAGAGGCUGGGAGUUCCUGUUGCCAACUGACCAUGAUUUUGUUAAGAAGCACCCUGAUGUGGCUCAGAGACAGCACAUGCUCUGGAUGGGCAUCCAGAAUAAGUUAGAAAAGGUUUUCAACUUCUCGAAGGAGGAUUUUCUGCAGAAAAAGGAGACAUCAGCAGAGGUAUCGCAUAUUAGUGGUGAACAGCGUCUGAAAGCAGCUCGAGAGAAUGCACGGGAGCACCACGCCUCUCUGCAGAAGGACCUGGAUGCCCGAAGACUGAAAGCGUCUGCUAUGUCUUCUGCUCCCACCGGUUCUGACGCAACAGUGAGAAUAAAAGAAGAACCUAUGAGUGAUACUGAGGAGUCUAUGGACACAUCUGGUGCUGUUCAGAACGGUUCACUAAACGGUUAUCCUUCCACGGACUCACCUGACGCAGACCCCCAUAAUGAACACGGGAACGGCCAGGCCUCCACUGCCGAGCUCCAGGACUUUGUACGGAACACUUUCAGAAAGCACUUUGUGUUGUGUCUCAGCGAGGUCAAACGUCUGUUCAACCUGCACCUGGCCAGCCUGCCCACAGGACACUGUGUGUUCGGCCAUGUCACAGACCGCAUGCUGCAGGACACCAUCCUGCACAGCCACUGCAAGCAGAUCCUUGUGCCUUUUCCUCCUCAGACCAGUGCUAGUGCAGAUGAACAGAAAGUCUUUGUGUUGUGGGAAAGUGGUGAAACCUUCGAUAAGCAUCGGCAGAUUUUGUUUGAAAUCUUCAUGAAGAACUACCGGGUCAGAAGGAACGUCAUCCAGUCCCGACUCUCACAGGAACUCGGCGAUGCGGUCACCAAAUCUGAUGUGGACAGGCUGCUUAAGGAGUGUUGCGUCAGCUUAGGUGGAAUGUGGUACUUGAAAGGCACGGUACAGUCCUGACAGUUGGGGAGUUAUCUUAGAGAUCCCGUCAAUCAAAAAGAAGAGGAAAAAUCUCCCCCAGAGUUAAGUGAGAGUAAACUCAUCUGUGUGGGGAGGUGGAGCAGACUCGUAAAUCAGAUACUGCUCUCAGCUGUCUAAGACCAGGUUUGGAGGACUGAGAGGUCCAUCCGCUGCUCCAGAACACUUGCUUUUGUUUACCUUUUCUAGACACUUAGCCGAGUGUAGCCAAAAUCAAAGCUUGUGGAAGCUUCCACACAGUUCAUAAAAAGGGCUGGAUAUCAACUUCAUCCUGUGGACCUGUUUAGACACACAUACAUGUAGAGAAAAAAGGAGGGAGCUGUAUAUACAGAGAAAAAGAGACAAAAUAGUUAUCGUCUAUUUUUUUUUUUUUUAAGUUAUGUUUAGGCAUUUCUAAUAAAGAUGAACAGGUUAUUAUUUUCUUUCAUUUGAUGGCAAUCUUUUUUGUGGCCUUUAAGAGACGUUCAUGUAUUAUCUUUUUUUUUUUUUUUUGGCCUUCUUGGCACUUAAUUGACUGAGACAGAUAAUUGGUUGAGGCCCCCAAUAUCCUUCAUAAAUAAAUUACUGUUUUUUUUUACAGUCUAAAAAAAUAUAUAUAUAUGUAGAAGAAAAAAGUAUACUGUACUUCUUACAUGAGGAAAGGGGGCACAAGUCAUGUGAUUUCUCAUUUACUCUGAACAUGUCAAAUAUUAAUUCAAAAUUGAAGAGUCAAAUUUUGUGAACUUGCAGCCUUUUAUUUAUAGAGUUUACAGACAACUGACCUGAAAACAGAUGAACCAAAGCUCUGGCUACUGAGAAAUGACCCUGAUACUCAGUGGACUGGAUAUGGAGGACGGAUGCAAAUAAAAGAAUUUAGAAAGUCAGUGCUUACUAAACUGUGUACUGUGGUGCCGUCAUGGGAUGUUUUAUUGGUUUAUUGCAGAUAAUGUUGACAGAAGGCAUGGAGAUGGAAAAAUCAUAAACUUAUAAAGGUGCUUCAAAUGGUUUUUGAGUGAUGCUACAAAGCCGGGGUGUCCAAUCUUAUUUCGUGUAGCUGCGGGUUUUCAUUCCAGAUAAGCAGAAGCUCAUGUGAUCAGAUGUUUAAAGACUGAAACACUGAUUAACAAGUGAAAUCGGGUGAGCUGCUGGUUGCUAACAGUGAAAACAUGCAGCCAUUAGAGCUGUUUAUUGGCAAGAACCUGGCAAAUGAUACACGUCAUGACACAGGGCUUACAAUUUAAUGUAUUGUAAUACAAAUACUAUUGUAAGCAAGGCAAUAUAUUUCGAUUGUUUAAAUAAAAUUUUAGGAAAACAUACAUUAAUAUAGUAUCAUGUUUAUAAAAGCUGAUUAAAAAAAAUGUACUUUUCAUCCAAUCAGAUUAGUGGGCUCUAAUGACAGAGUACAAGAUAAACAACACAAAAUGAACCACUGUUCGUCACCAAUUUUUACUUAUGAACUCAUAACUAAACAUCCGUACUGUUAUUGAAAAUUCAUACAGUAUUGCAAACAGUUUGCAGUACUAUAUAAUAUGAUUCUGCACUCCUAGCAGCCACACCGUCCCAGUGUAAAUAAAAUUGGACAUCUCUGCUUAAAAAAAAGAAUUUUUAAAGCCUGUUGACACCAAGUACACAUUUUUCGAAAAAAAGUUAAAAUGUGGCCUUUGAGAUUGUAGUCCCUAAAUACUAUCUAAAGACUAUCACUAUUAAAAGUAUUCAUUGAAACACUUUUGGAAUUUCUUUGGUGUUUUCAUGUAAAAUUGUGGAAGAACCCUUUAAAGUGCUUUUAGGGACCUUUUUAAGAUUUUUUUUUUUUUUUUGAAGAAGAAAAAUGUUGAAGUUUUUGUGAAUGUUCCAAAAAGCACCUUUAAAUAGUUCUUCCACAGUUUCAAAUUGAAGAAACCCUUAAAGUUCCUGAAGGAACUGAUACUUUUAACUGUAGAGUUAGGCUGCUGUGUUUUCUAGUAGGUUUUAAACUGAACUGGGAUGCAAGCUCACUGAAAUAUUUACAUUUUGGCAAAGCAAAUGUCAGGAGAGCUGUGUUUUUCAUUUAGCACCCAUGCAGUGUUCUACAGAGGGGUGAAAUCAGCUUUUGAUGCUUCCUGUGCUUCUUCUGCUAAAAAUGUUUUAUAAUUUAUAGAGUUUAAUUCCAUCUUUCUUCUUUCUGUUUUUUGUUUUGUCCAUGAUGUGUGCAUCAAUUUAUCAGAUGAAGUUCAACUGAGGCUGUCCUGGCUUUCAAAGGUGCUGGAUGAUGAUUGCUUUGUACAGUUGAGUGUGUGACUUGUGAUUAGUUGUGAAAGCAAUAUUCUGAGAGACUCUGAAGUGUUUUUAUAGAACAAGAGAAAGUGCCUCUAAAUUAUUCAGGGGAAAUUAUUACCAUUAUCGAGUUCUGUUUGUUUUACUUGAACAACCUUAUUUCUCACCUAGCCCCGCCCCCUCCUUUCUAACUAAAGACUCUUAGAUCCAGUUCAGUAAUUUAAUCAUUCCAUAUAUUCAGAACUUCACCUGACUGUAUGUCCACACAGAUACCUGAAAAGGGUUACGUCCACAGUUUCACCUUGGAAUAUGAUGCUCAAUAAACACUGCAACCAAAGUA